GACUCGGACUCGGGCGGCGGCGGCUGAUGGACGCGGACGGCGGCGCGCCUCCCGCUCCCUCCCGAGCUGUGCGGGCCCACGUUCUUCUUCCACAUCGACUUGGCGUUCGCGCUCGGGGGCUCUCGCGUCUGCUGGGCGGAUCUCCUCGCGGGCGUCUUGAUCUGCGACCUGUUCGCGCCCCAGGGGCCCGAGUUCAGCUUCGUCCCGCUGCCGCAGGGGCGCUCCCUGCACACCCCCGACAAUGUCCGUCUCGGGCGCAAGGUGCAGGAGUUUCGCUCCAUGGGCAUCGUCCGCGGCGUCCUCACGUUCGUUGCUCUGGUCGGCUACACUGAAGUUUCCUUGUCCAAGUCCAGCGAUGUGGUGCUGGAAACCUGGGCUUUGUCCCUUGAUCUGAGGGAGUGGAGGAAAGGCCCGGCCGUACGUGUGGGGGAUCUCUGGGCAAGCGAGAGCUUCAGCAAGAUGGGGCUGCCGCGGGGCAGGCCCCCGAUGUUCCCUGCCCUCAGCAUGGACGAAUAUGGGAUCGUUUAUGCUUUUCUGAAUGAUAUCGAGUACGUGGACACGGCUGAUUAUUACGGGCAGAUUAUCGGGAGGCAGCUGGUGCUCAAUGCCCAUUAUGUUGUUCGCCUUGACUUGGUGCAGAACAGGGUCCUGUACUCCAAAAAGAGCCCCACGAACAGUUUGGCGCAGCUUGCGCCCUCUCUACUGGCUAGUGACUUCAGCGCAUACUUACAUGGCUCCAAGUCCAAGGACCGUCAGAGAGGGGAAGAAGCAAGUAACGCGGGGGCUACUAUGAAACGGAUCAAGUACUGAACGAAGAUUGUGGGAAGAACAUGGUAAAGCUACCGUUUUUUCACGACCUUAUAUGAGCAUGUUUUUUAUUAAGAGGAGAAAAAAACAACAAGCAAGUUGGUUCCGGAUCGGACAAGCAAGCUUGGUAGAAGCUACCGUGAAGGGGAUUAAGUACUGAAUAAAUGGGUUAUACAACAUAUCAUGUGCUACGUGCUUUCAAAAAAAAAACAUAUCAUGUGCUAUGGAUUAUGUUGCUUGG